AUGACAUGUUCCAAAAUUAAUGGAACAGUAGUGAAAAACUGUGACGAAGUUUAUACUUCUUACACCCUGAUCAAUGCGUCAAACCCGUCGACAGUGUUUGUGGAUGAAUUGGGUUCUUUAAAAAUGGUGACAUGGGUCGGCAAAUGGGUCGAGUUCUAUUCGGUCCCUGGAGACCAAUGUAAUUACGGCCGGUGUGGUGCUAAUGGUUACUGUGACUCGAACAACGGGCAAGAUUUCGAGUGUACGUGCCUUCCUGGAUAUAAGCCCAGGUCGGCAGAGGAGUGGAACCUGCGGGAUGCAUCGGGCGGGUGCAUCAAGAAGCGCGAGGAACUUUCCAUGUGUGGAAUUGGAGAAGGGUUUGUUAAGGUUGUGAAUACAAAGAUUCCAUAUACGUCGAAGGCACGUGUCUGGAUGAGCCUGAGUGUGCAUGAGUGCAAGGAUGAGUGCUUUAGAAACUGUUCUUGCCUGGCUUACAUGAGUCAAGCAGGAGGAGGAGUGAGGGCAACCUGCAUCACUUGGUAUGAAAAUUUGAUGGAUGCGAGAAGGUAUAUGAGAAGGUUCCCAGACGGGAGACUAGACUUGUAUGUACAAGUUGAUGCGGUUGAAUUAGAUCAACGUAUGCAAUCUAGGAGACUAAAGCGAAAGAAGGUGGCUGUUGUGGUGACAUCAGUUGUCUUAACAUCACUCCUAUUUAUCAUCUUAGUUUGUUGGUUGGUGAUGAAGAAGCGAAGAAGAGGGGUAGACAUUCAUGAUAGUAACGAAGAAAACGUAGAACUGCUCAUCUUUGAUAUGGUCACCCUUGCAGGAGCAACUAACAACUUUUCGAAUACAAACAAAAUUGGAAAAGGUGGUUUCGGCUCUGUUUACAAGGGGCAUUUGGCAACUGGAAAAGACGUAGCCGUCAAGCGGCUUUCAAGGGACUCCAAACAAGGUCUUAAGGAAUUCAAAAACGAGAUUAUUUUGAUUGCCAAACUUCAACACCGUAAUCUAGUUAGGCUUUUGGGAUGCUGCAUCCUCGGAGAAGAAAAAAUGCUAGUUUACGAGUACAUGCCUAAUGGAAGCUUGGAUUCCUUCAUUUUUGAAAUAACACGAAGCAAAUUACUCACAUGGAGUAAGCGUCUGGCUAUCAUUAUUGGGAUUGCUAGGGGGAUUCUUUAUCUUCAUCAAGAUUCGAGAUUGAGAGUCAUUCAUAGGGAUCUUAAAGCUAGCAAUGUGCUACUUGAUAGUGAGAUGAAUCCCAAAAUUUCAGAUUUUGGCUUGGCUAGGGCUUUUGGAGGUGAUCAAUCAUCCGCAGAAACCAAAAGGGUGGUCGGAACUUAGUAUGUGAUCUAAGUCAUGUUCCUUGUUUUAUGCAUAUUAACUUUUAGAACUAAUUUUUUAUUCCUCUUUAUAAUGUCAUGCAGUGGUUACAUGGCUCCAGAAUAUGCAAUCGAUGGCCUAUUUUCAACAAAAUCAGAUAUUUUUAGCUUUGGAGUCAUAGUUUUGGAGAUAAUGAGUGGCAAAAGGAAUAGAAAAUUCCAUCACACAGACCAUGAUCUAAACCUUCUUGGACAUGUAAGUUCAUA